AUGCAUCUGCUGCUGUUGCUGGUGACAUGGGCGUGUCUCGUAUGCCAAGUGUUCGGUGAUGAUGUCUCGGACUUCCUAACAAAGAUACCAGACUGCGCUGGGAGCUGUCUUGUCGAGCUUGUAUCAACGUCGACUUGUGGCAUUGAUGUUCAGUGCCUUUGCGCGGAUCCGAAACUCAAGACGCAGGUUUUGAGCUGUGUUCAGAAGAAAUGCCUCCCGCGAGACGCAUUAGCGACGCUAAAUGUCACCUCAGUUGCUUGUGAUUUUCCAGUACGAGACAGACACGCUCAAUUCGAUAUUUUGGCCAUAACAUUGAUUACGAUCACGGCGAUUGUGGUUGGCCUCCGGCUUUGGCAGAAGCUGCGAUACGAGAGAAAGUUCAGGCUGGAUGAUUAUCUCGUCGUAGCGGUCUUUCUACUCGAUUUGGGCAACACCAUUGUUUGUGUUCACGGUCUUUCGGGCAAUGGUCUCGGGAGAGAUGCAUGGCUUUUCAACCCAGAUACGAUCAACAGCUAUCUCUGCUACCUCUACGUUGGCCAAACCCUCUACGCUUCCGACGUCUUCCUGACCAAGAUAUGCGUCGCUCUCUUCUAUCUUCGAAUCUUCCCCGUCGUAUCCGUCCAACGUCUCAUAUGGGGUACCAUCGUUUUUUCGGCUCUAGGCAUGGUCAUCUUUGACAUCCUUGCCAUUGCACAAUGUCAGCCGAUCAGUUUCUACUGGACAGGAUGGGAUAAGUUACACGAGGGACAUUGUCUUGGAGUUCAGCCAUUGGCUUGGGCCAUUGCAGCCGUCGGUAUUAUACUGGAUGUUUGGAUGUUGGCCAUUCCUAUCUGGCAGCUGGUGCAAUUGCAAAUGAAGUGGCAAAGGAAGCUCGCUGUAGCUAUCAUGUUUACGGUCGGUACUUUUGUCACCAUCGUCAGUAUCCUUCGACUGCGGUACUUGGUUGCUUUCGGAAACUCUCAGAACCCAACCUGGGACAGUUUCGAGACCUGUUACUGGUCAGUCAUUGAGAUCAACGUUGGCCUCUGGUGUGUCUGUCUUCCCGAUCUCCGAAUGCUUAUCCUCAAGGCAUUCCCGAGACUUGGAAGUUCUAUCGACUCAGGUCCUAAAAAUCCCCACCAAGGAUCAUCGGCACCAAGGCAGCAGGGCAGAACUGCGAAUUCCUCCCGUCAUACGGAGAGUACCAUUUACAAGGGACAGCCGGUUCAGGCUCAACAGGAAGCUUCGUCGAGCACGGCUGAGCUUGUCGAGAUGACAACCUUUAUGAAUGAUAGUAGGAGUAGAGUUUAG